GCGUUGAGUUGCUCUCGCGAAACUAACUGGGUGAAAAUGCUGCCGUGGAUGACACGAGCGAUGGCUUCGGUGAGAGGGAGUUUGCGGACUUCGAGUAAAGUGGCGUUGUGGAAACGGUUGGCAGGAAGGAAGAAGUUUGCUGAGGCUGGUACAGGUAUUUUCGGAGUAGCUGUAGCGAUGGGAUUGUUAGCAACACCGAUGGGAACAGCUUGUCUUGAAGAGAAAAAAAAAGAGAAGUGGUCGAGUUACAUUCGUGGACUAAUUACGUCCUCUCCUUCUCCAGCAGCAGAUGAAUAUGCUAGUGCUACUGCUGAUAACGAGAGUGGCCCUCCGAGACCGCAAGAAGAAUCGUUGAGAAAGGCGGUUGAUGAUGAGGAAUUGGAGUCGGAGGAAACGGAGGAAUAUUAUGUUGAUCCUGGAAAGCAUGAAUAUAUGAAAGUAUUCGCUUGCUCUGAUUCGGAGCAAUUGGCUUCGGAAAUAUGUGCGAAUUUGGGCACCACAGAAGGGAGGGCGUAUACGGGAAAGUUUGCUGAUGGUGAAAUCAUAGUUGAUAUUGUGGAUGAAGUGCGAGGCCAGGAUUGUUUCAUCAUACAACAAUUUCCUAUUAGCAAGAAGAGUGGGGUCUCUCGCAGUAGGUGCCUCCAUGAUGCAAUUAUGGAAUCGUGUUUAAUGAUUUCAGCGUUACGUCGUGCGAGUGCGAAGAGUAUUACGUUGAUUACGCCGUACUUUGCAUAUGGAAGGCACAUGGAAUCUGAAGGUGUAGCAGGGGAUCCAGCAGUAACGCAACCAGCGACCCCUCUGGCGGCCAGCGAUAUCGCACUUAUGUAUGAGGCGAUGGGUGUCGAUCGAGUUGUCGCAGUGGAUUUGCACGAGGGCAGUUUGGAAGGGUGUUUUGAUGUUCCUGUUACCAACAUAGACCCCCUGGGGCUUCCUCUGAAAUAUUUCCUCAGUAAAGACCUUCAUAAUCCUGUUGUGGUUUCUCCCGACAACACAGCAAGCGACAGAGCAUUUUUGUUUUGGCGGCGACUUCAGAAUCAUGGUGUCAACUGUGGGCUGGCCACGAUGGUUUCGAAUCGUAAAUCACAAUUAGCAGAGCGUUCGCCCGAUGAAGGGGUUACCAUGGUUGGUAGAGGGAGUGUUUCUAAUGAGCCACUGAUAUCGGGGAAACCGCACUUAUCUGCAGAUGGGACUCAAGUGAUCAUGCCGUCUGGAUGGAAGAAGUCUAUAGCGACUUUGGUGACGAAAGAUUGGCUCGUUGGCGAUGUUGAAGGUCGUGAUUGCAUUAUCGUUGAUGACAUCAUCGACAGCGGCAAGCGGAUGUCACGCACGGUGGAAGAACUGCGACAACAUGGUGCUAGAAGGAUUUAUAUGUAUGCCACGCACGGCGUGCUGUCGCCGGCCGCGAUGGAGCGCAUCAACCGCAGAGGAGUGACCGAGGUGGUUAUUACUAACUCGUUACCGUUCCCGGAGCAGGCUCGGAAAUGUGAAAAAAUCAGAGUGCUUUCUUUGGGCCAAGUUUUAGCUGAAGUGAUGUUGCGAAUUUACGAACAGAAAUCGGUCUCGCAAAUGUUUUGGGAUAAUCAGAAGAAAGAGGGCAGCAAACGUCCCAGCGGUACGGCCACUGUCUAG